CUUCCUUCCAGCUCGCCGUCUGAGGUGUUGUCUAGCUGUGGCGCUCACGCUGAAGCUGACGUACCGGCACCGAGGAGCUAAAAUGGGAGGCACGGCGAUUACGGAUCUCCCGCUCGAGCUCCUCGAACAUAUCCUCGUCAUCUGCGAUCCUCUAGAUGUCGCCGUUGCCUCCCAGGUCUCUCGCCACUUCCACGAUCUCGUAUAUGGCGGGACAGACGACCACUUCUGGCGCGCGUGUUAUCUCGCCCAGGCGUUCGACGACCCACGAUACUCUGUUUCCUAUCUUGGCAAGCCGCGUACAAGAGUAAAGUGGCGGGAGGAGUUGCAGAGAAUUGUCCGAGCAAGAACGGUCGUGAAAAACGUUGCAGUAUGCAGGCCGGACGAACGACUUAUCAUCAUCCAAACUCUCCUUGACUUCGUCUCAUACCUACCUCCAAUCCCUUCAGCGGAAAGCGAGCACCACUCCCGAAACACGCUAUGGCUCAAGGAGCUACUCCGAGACGGCGAGUUCCUGACACACCAGCAGUGGGAGCUCGCCGAAGAAGAGCUUCAACUACGGUAUAAGCUCCAUUUCUGGCUCGGUCUUACCAAACGCGACGGCGACACUAGUGCAAGGGUCGACUCCCGAGCGUUCGUGUAUAGCUUCCGCAAUUAUCGUGAGCGAAAUGGCUGGGGACCGUUCAGGACGGACUCCAGCGGCCUCCUGAACUGGCGACAUCUCUGGGCCAUUGAACACACCAUGGCUCUCUUCUUGGUCGGCGCCGACGAGGCAGGCGAAGCAACCGAGAUUGAGGACGUCUCCAUCGAGCCAUGUCCGCUUAGUCUCGACUUCUGUCAGAGCAUCAUUCCGAAUGGGAUGAAUAUUGCGCAGGAGCACGAUUGGGCGGGGGUUGAGGGACUCUGGCGGGUGGCAUACUGCUUCAUAGACCACCAGGACCUCCUCGUCUACAAUGACCCAUCUUUAUCUGAGGAUGACCCUCUCGAUACCUCACUAUUGGAGACGGGCGAGAUCGCGGAAUCCUACAAUGAUGCGGAGGUGUAUUUCCGUGUCAUCGGCAUUGAAGAGGAUCCAGAACACCCUGGCUAUCCUCAAAUUAACUACGUCGGCGAACUAGAUGGCAACUUCACGAUUGUGGGAUACGUGAAGAUCAGCGUCGAUAAUGAGAUAUGGUUCCAUUUCCGCGCUGGUAACCAAGAUCAGCCGGUCUGGAGUGUGGACGGCGUUCAAGUUGGUGGCGUCCGUUCGACGGCUGGAGUCGUUGGAUCAUGGGCAACCGUGUUCCAUGAGUCGGAUGACCCCGUAGGCCCCUUUUGGAUGCAACGUAUAUAUGGCAUUAUCGAGGAGUAGAGCAUUUUUCAUCACAGCUCGUUUGGGUUUGGGCAGCGCAUAGUACCAUUAUUGUCACGACACUACACUGGGGACACUUCAUGCUAGAUAUUCAUGUGCUCGUUAACAUUAGCGACGGGCAUCGUCUCGACGUUUCGUUGUCGGAAAAAAAUCCACAGUUUCCACCGACUUACCUGAAGCUGUCGAGCCCUUGAGCUGUCUGGAUUGGCUUUCAUGCCUUUCAAAAAACUUUUUGGCAAUAUUGCAGAGGUGAGUAAAACAAAAUUUGCCCAACGAAACCUGUGCAAGGUAAAUUACUGACAAGGCCGACAAGACGCCGUUGCUGCGAAUUGACCAGGUCUGUUUGCCCGAUCUUAAGCUUUAGAUCGUCUGACUGUCACCGGCACAGGUCUUGUAUACCCGGUGCCGCCGGGAUUACUGGACCUGUCUAUCCGUUCCUGUGGCUGAACAGACGUACAAGGCUUCGGUUUUACCAACACGACUCUCGAGCACUGGCUGUCGCCCCACUCCGACAGCGCUACAAGAUACUCACCUACCCUUAUCCACUCAUGCAUCAUGGGAGCUGAACUGUACCAGCGCUGGUCAUCCAUAUCUCGGC